AAAAAUCUUAGAGAUGAGAAAUAAUGAUAAGUGGCGGACAAAGGAGGUUUUAGGCAAAGAGAAGGAGAAUGCUGGUUCUUCGCGCUCCCACGGGACCUGUCUCCGCCGCCAGAUUCAUCACCAAACCCAACCCUCGUAUUCCUUCUCCGGAUCCAUGGCUCGGACUGGUUCCCUCCGCUAACACUCGCCGUCGGCGACGCGUCGUCCUCACUCUCUCUAACUCUGACUCAAAUGGAAGCGUAAAAUCCGCCACACCUCCAUCUACAGGGGACGACACAGUCUUCGUCGGGCAAGAGAAUGUUCCGCUCGAAGGCGUUAUUCAAUUCGAUAAACCAAAGGCAGAUGCUUCAAUCAAGAAAUGGGGCCGUGUGGCUUUACUUGCUGGUGGGGAUGUUUUGGCUUUGCUUAUCUUCUCUGCAAUUGGGAGAUUCAGCCAUGGAUUCCCUGUGUUUAGCUCCGACACUCUUCACACAGCUGACCCUUUCAUUGCUGGAUGGUUUCUGAGUGCUUAUUUCUUGGGAGGAUAUGCGGAGGAAGGGAGAGGAAUGAAGGGUCAGUCAAAAGCUGUGGUAGCAGCCGCUAAAUCUUGGGCUCUCGGUGUUCCGAAACGAUGCUCCGAGUUUUGGUUGAUGAUUUAUCUUAUCUCUAAUCAGAUUCAGCUUGGGGUGAUCAUAAGGUCAACCUCGUCAGGCCACAUCCCAUCUUAUAGCUUUAUCUUGGUGACAAUGGGAAGUACUGCUGUUUUACUUAUUGGGUGGAGAGCACUAUUAUUCAGUGUGCUUCCUUCAGAGUCAAAGAAGAAAGAUGAUACAUAUCGAAAAGGCAGCGCAUUCGAACUAUUUGAGUUGCUUACUUCAUUAAUAAGACGGUGGUAAUGGAGCUUCGCAUCCAUGAACAUACGGGCGGAUGGGAAGUUCAUAUUCUAUAUGCAUAUAUCUCAUCCUGUCAGCAGAGGAUAUAUUUGAAAAGUUCCAGGACCAACUGUAAUAUUUAUAUAUAGUUGCAGUGAGCGAUGUCAUUACUUGUGCCAGGCAAUUCUUACCUGUUGUCCCAAACAAUUUCUAUAAUGUAUGAAUCCUCGAAAAGAGUCACUUAAGCA